ACGACAGAGACGCCAUUUUUCAGUUUUGAUUGUAGAAAUUUGUGCAUCCCUCAACAAUUUUCGUUCAUUGAUAGUUCUCACUAAAUUAUAAUUAGUACGCGUUUGUGUUUUUAAUUGAUACAUUUAUUAAAACAAUAUGAGUACCGCUGCGUCGACACCGUUAUUUGCGUGUUCUCGUUGUUUUUCAAGACAUCCUUUCGAAGAACUGUCUCCUGGAGAACAACUUUGUAAGGAAUGCCGUGGCUCGUUCCCCAUUGUCAAGUGCACCUACUGUCGCUCUGAGUUUCAACAAACAAGCAAGUCUAACACCUCAUCAAUUUGCAAGAAAUGUGAAGCUAAUGUGAAGGCCUAUGGAAAACCUACUGCAUGUGAAUAUUGCAACAUCAUUGCAGCGUUCAUUGGGAACAAAUGUCAGCGAUGCGUGAACUCCGAGCGCAAGUAUGGUCCUGCCGUGACUUGCGAGCAGUGCAAGCAACGCUGUGCGUUCGAUCGCCAUGAUGACAGUAAAAAGGUUGAUGGAAAGCUUCUAUGCUGGCUGUGUACUCAAUCGCUAAAACGAGCAUUGGCAAGGACUAAGCAGCAUCUAUCCUCUGUUGACAAACACAAGCACAGGGCUCACAAGUCUAAAAGCAGCCAUAAAGAAAAACGGAAGUCUGACAUGAUGAAGUCCAUGAAUGCAAGUGAUUCUUCCAUGAAUGAUUCCCAACCAUUGGAAAAGAAAUCUAAGCUGAAUCCCUUGCAAGGAGAGUUGGAUCCAAACAGUUCGGAUCACGUCGUGGCAAUGACUCAAUUGAAGGAAACUAUUGCUAGUCUGCAGAAAAAGGUGGCACAGAAAGACCAUGAGCUACUUGCCAAAGAUAAACUGAUCACCGAGCUGAAAGCCCAGCACCACAACAACACAACAGACCUGCGCAACGAAAUGAAGAACAAAGAGCGUCUGAACGAGACCAAGUUUAACCUCAUGAACACCAAGAUACAGAAUCUGCUGAAGGAAGUGGCCACUCUCAGCAAGUCUGCGAAGAAAAACAACAAGAACACUAAGGCCGCGCUCGCAGCCGCCGAAAACAGCGGCAGCGGCACCGACAGCCCCAGCACUAACUAGACAAUUCCAACACUUAGCAAGUUUAACGGCGCUCUGGUUGGCACAGCGGACGGUGGAACUCUAAAUUUAAGUUUUUAAUGCCGAAGGUAUUCUGAACAAUAAAAUUAUGUUAACUUUGGUCGCCACGCGGCUAACCGCCCGAGCCUCUUGAUAUUUUUUUUAGAGUGUAGUUUAUCUGUCAUAUUAACAGACUGGAGUUAUAAAUAAAAUAUAAUAUCCAGAAUUCGUUUGUCAUAUCUUAUCAAAUAAAGCUUGUUUUAUGGAAAACCGAGUCUGCCUUUGACCUCAAACACACCUCAUGGUAUCUUAUUCAAGCCUUUAUCAGUUACUUUUUCUCAGAUUUGUUGAUCUGAUUUUAAACAGUAUUAUAAACUAAACAUAUCGCAUCUGAAGUCAUCGAAUGGGAAUUGUGUAACAAAUCAUUUCCCCAUAGUAUUGGGCAUUACUCCCAUAGCGACAUGAAAUGGCGUUACUUUUAAUUAUCUUACACGUGUCUAAAUAUUUGGUGGCUCAAUUAAGUUCAAUCAUGUUCACAUUUGCCGCUGUGCCAAACGUAGCGCUACUUUCUGUAUUAGAAUUACAGACAAAACUGGAAAAUAUUUUUCCUCUUAUUUUUUUACUCUACAAAUGAUUUUAUUUGUAGACUUUUAUAAGUGUAAGCGUAAGUAGGUUUCAAUUGAAUGACAUGUUAAUUUUUAAUUUAUUAAAUGCAACAUUAUUAUUCUUAGCAAUUUUACCCAAAGUACAGGUUAUGAUU